AUGACGCUCGAUGCCGUCAAGUGCGACCGCUGUGUGCGCAAAUCACUGGACUGCAUGUUCCGUGAACAUCGUCGGGGGAGGAAGCCUGGCACGCGCUUGAUCAAGCCCAAUGCCAAGCGGUCGCUCGACUCACCACAGGGCCCAUCAUUCCCAGAAGGGAUGCCGGCCGAAGGUGAUACGAGACGGCCCAGUUCACCGAGGGACGAACGCGUUUCCGACUUUUGGGCGGAGUCGGAGGGGCUUCAGCCUGAUGGCCUGCUGAGCCAUCAGGCGAUGAAGGGGAAGUUCUCGCUGCAGAAUAUCCUCAGUACUAAUCAUGGCUCGACUCCUGACCGACCGGUCGAAUCAGUUUCGCCUGAUGAUCCAACUCGGUGUGGUAUUGUUAGCCAUGAGGUUGCUCUUCGUUUGUUUGAAAGCUUUAUGACGAAACUAAACCCCUUCGUCAGCCAACUGGAUCCUCACCUCCAUUCCUUCACAUAUGUGCGACAGAAAUCGUCAUUUCUGCUCGCUGCAGUUCUUACCGCUGCCUCCAAAUCAUUCGAAAUUUCAUUAUACCCAAGUCUCCAUGAACAUGCCGAAAAGCUAUACAUGGAGGCUUUCCGGCGGGGAGAUAAAUCCGCCGAGACAGUCCAAGCCAUCAUGGUUCUUACAUAUUGGAAGGAGCCAAAUGAUACAAGAGCCUGGAUGUCUGUUGGUCUUGCAAUCCGCAUGUCAAUGGAUCUGGGUUGGCAUAAGUUAGGACAGGAUCCCGCAAGGCAAGAGAAAUUGACCGAGCUUCAACAAAGAGAAAUCAGAAAUGACGAACGGACGUGGUUGGUGCUGUUCGUGUACGAUCGCAGUAUGAGUUUGCAGACAGGCAAGCCUUGGAUGAUUGAGCGAACUCCAUUUAUUGAGUCGGCGCAAGACUGGUGGAGGCAUCCACUCGCCAUCGAUAAUGAUCCAUUUCUCUGCGCGUUUGUCACUCUCCGGCUGCUGGCAGCGGAAGUGUUCGACCUGUCCAGCCCUGGUAAUCACUAUCCAGCACCUCGGGCGUUGGCAAUUCUUCAAAAUAGGAUUGAGCAAUGGCAAAAUAAGUGGCUUGAUGUGGUUGAUCCAGGAAGCUGCCAUAAUUUCAUGAUCCGGUUCUACGGCGCUCAUCAAUCUUUGCAACUCUUCUCUAUGCCUCUCCAAGAGACUUUGAAGAACCAAACCUUUAAUGAAACCUGCGAUCUAAAACCAUUGUGGAUCAGCUAUCACAGUGCUACGACCAUGUUGCGGUUGAUGGCCGAGUUCCCGUCCUUUUUGAGCCUCUGUCAAGACUCUGUACAUGUCAUGACUGCCUACUCUGCAGUUCUUCUCAUCAAGCUGCUUCUCUCUUCUCCUCCUAUGAUAAGCCAGGAGAUCGAGCCCGACACAAUUGCAACAAUUCGUGCAGCGGCAAAUGUAUUCACCGGCCAAACCGCACCUUUAAGUACAAGCUGCAGUCUCCAAUCCCGGUUCCUAAACAACAUCCUCAUGGAAUUUGCAACCCUUCGACGCCCCCGUCCAAUAGACAGACACCGAUCUAUCGACCGGGCGCAAGGAUUCGCCGACACAAAUGCUCCAACAUCAAAUGCCACCUCAUUCCCAGGUUCCCCUGCUACUGCCCCAUCUCACUCCCCAAUCCACCAAACCGCGGAGACCCAUAGUAUCCCCACAGCGAGGCCUUACCCGCAACCAAACCCAACUAAUCCAGAUCAAGCCGUCGUCCAGCCACAAAGCCAUCCUCCCCAUCCACAAUCCAUCCAAGCCACAUACUUCCACCGGCCAUCUGUUCCAAAUCCCGAUCCUGCGUAUGAUACACCUAUGGCUGGCAUCCCACCAGGACCAAACGGUCUCCCCGCCGUCUCAAAUAUGUGUUACAAUAACCAACUAGAUGCAGCCUCGAACUUUGUGUUCAACGACGAGGCUAUGUGGGUCGGAAGUCUUACGAAACCACUUUCCAGUGAAACCACCGCUGCCCUUCAAGAUAUCUGGACAGAAGACACAGACUGGCAUACAACCACCCUAACACCAGACCUCCGAAAGAUAAUAUCCCAAACCGCCUCCAAGAUUUUCCUCGGCAACGAACUAAGCCGAAACAAACUUUGGCUCCAAGUAACAGCAGACUACACCGCAAACCUAAUGAAAGCAACCGAAGCCCUACGCCGAUGGCCACAAACCCUCCGGCCCUUGAUAUCCCUCUUCCUCCCAAUAACCCGCCAGCUCCGCAAUAAUCUAACCCAAGCCCGCAAACUGGUUAUACCGGUCCUGGACGAAAGACGUCGAAGCCAGGACGCUGCCGUGCGCGAGGGGAGAGUACUGGACCGACAUGAUGAUGCUAUGCAGUGGAUUGAGGAAUGCGUUAAUGGCCGUCCUUAUGACCCCGCGGGCAUGCAGUUGGCGUUGGUAAUUGUUGCUAUUGUUGGUGCCACUGAUCUGAUGACGCAGGCGGUAUUUAAUCUUUGUGAAAUGGGGGAUGUGGUGAGGGCGUUGAGGGAGGAGAUUAUUUCUGUGUUUCGGGUUGAGGGGAUGACGCGCGCUUCGUUGUAUAAGUUGCAGUUGAUGGAUAGUUUUUUGAAGGAGAGUCAGAGGAUGAAGCCUUUGGAACUUGACAACCUGGAUGGUCUGACGACGAUAUCAGUUUCAAUGCGCCGUGUUGCUAGCGACGACGUGUACCUGAAAGACGGACACAAGAUCGACAAGGGGACUCGACUGGCUGUUUCCAACUGCUGGAUGUGGGAUCCGACAUUUUACGAGGAUCCCGAGACAUUUGACGCUUAUCGAUUUGUGAAGCUGCGUCAGGUUUCAGGCCGCGAGGCCUCUGCGAAUCUUGUCUCGGUCUCGCCGGAGCAUAUGGCUUUUGGGUUGGGGAGCCAUGCAUGUACGGGUCGCUUUUUUGCUGCGAAUCAGAUGAAGAUUGUGCUGUGUCAUAUCCUUUUGAAGUAUGAGUUCAAACUCGCCGAGGGGUCGAUUCCUCAGCCUAGACGGUACGGGGUGAGGGCUCAGGCUGAUCCUGCUGCAAAGAUUUCGCUGCGUCGGCGACGGGAGGAGAUAUUUCUGGGUGAUCUUGCCGAUUAA